CUACAUAUGUACUAACUAUUAUGUAGUUACAUGUACUACUAGUACGGCAUAGUAGUACAUAACUACAUAACAUUUGAAUCCACUUGGCACAGCCUGCCAAAAUGGAAAAUGGGGCCUCACAGGCUCACACCUAUCAUGUACAUACUGUACCUUACCCUGUUCAGUCUAGAGAACCACAUGCACAACUUGAGAAUCAUGAAUUAAUAUUUUCUACACAUGGUUAUUUCUUUAUGACCUCAUUCAAUAUUACAACAUCCCAAGAGUACAUAAUCGACUGACGAACAUUCGACAUUUAACCCUGCAAACUUGGUGGAUUUAUCAUACAACAUCCGGCCGGCACACCGCAAUACUGCAUCGUUUCAUCAAAGCUUUCUGUAAGCCUUACAGUAGCUGAACCAGUUGGUAGACAGGGAACCAUCGAUCAAAGGCCAAGCAGAUCUGUAUCUGGCUUCCUAUUGGUUGAUCACACUCACUUCUAUUCCACGUUCUGGAUGUUCUGGAUGUCCCGGGCCUCAUCACGGAAGACUUCCAACUCGAAUACCUUGUUAGGCAUCUACAGGGAUUGGCUGGCUACCCAUCGUGACAUGAUUUACUGUCUAGUAGAUCUUCAAUUGCCAAUCAUCAGCUAUGUCCAGCAGAGCCUCUGAAUCUCGACCCAUAUAAAUUUACUUUGUUAACAGACAUGUCUUUAGUCGCUGAUCAAGUACGGCGCUUGGACGCACAGUUGGACCGUAUCCCUUUUGGUCACUUAACAAGCUAUGAUGCCACCCAGUCACCCAUAGACUUGGAUAGUCCUCGCGUCAAGGACUUAUCAAAAGUGAUCAAAUCUUUGUCUACAACAGGAUCACAAAAAGCUCUUACAGCAUGGCAGCUGCACUCUCUCUUGACUCAGUCGAGUUUAUUUCCAGAGCCUGGCGGCGAAAUAUCAGCUACACAGUACGAAACAGAACUGGAGUGGCUAUUGGUUAGCAAAGCAACUGUCCAAACCUAUGGAAUAAUUCUGGACACAUUGCUGGAUCAGAUCAUCCCCUUAAGCGACCAUAUCUGGUAUUGGGAUGAUGUCCUGUCUUCACCGACGUAUAGCAGCAUUUAUAUGGUGCAGACAUCUCCCGUUCGGCUCUGGGCUCGGUCUAGGGAAAUUUACACAGACAGCAAGGCUAAGCUUCAACAAUACACCAGUGGUGCUUCAGCUACUGACUCUGAAGUCGGAGCCAAUACGACAUCCAUCCAGGCCGGUAUUUCUCAGCGAUGGAGUCAAUUUUAUCAUAUCGUGAGAGAAAGCAUACACGAAAAGUCUCUUGCUAAUGUGCAGAAGAAAAUUCUGUCCCCAGUGGCCCUCUGUCGGGCCGAGGCUCGUAGAAAGCAAUCUAAGCUGAAAAAGCUGAGGGAAAUGACUUCGAGCGGCCUCGGUGUCUUGAUUGAUGAGGGACUCGCCUUCGGCGGCAACGGCAGUGAUGAUGGUAAAAGUGAUCUGAUUCUUUCGAACAAUCAGGAGUGGAAAGGUGUCGUGGAGCGCAGCGUUGCCCUGAUGGACAUGGUGCUCAAAGAUGUUUUAACGUUGAAUGUCGGGGUUGCCGACUUCGAAGAUAGGGUAUUCGCUGGCGUUGAGGAGGAUCCUGAAUUAUCGAUCCAGGCUGAGGAGGAUGAGAUACCCCGUCCAGCAGUGGUGGCUAGGAGACUUUUGGACCUGCUGGAAAUGCAUCUACCGGGACAUGUUGAAGCGGCGGAAAAGAUGGUAGCAGAAAAUGGGCGACCGUCAAGACUUGUGAGAUAUUGGCUGCCUGCUACUAUCCUUGUCUUUUCCUCGACGACGAUUCUCCGGAUAUUGGUCAACAAGAAGCAAGAGAUCCUACACUGGAUUAGAGAUCUUGGAGUAACCGUGCGCGACUUCUGGUUCAAUUGGGUUAUUGACCCUGUUCGAAAAGUUGUCAGCACUAUCCGCCAUGACGCCAAUAGCGAAAUUGCCAUCAUGAGUCGAGACAGUCUUCAGGCGGACAGAGACAGCUUGGAACGUAUGGUCGUCGACUUUGCUCUCGAUAACCCUAGUUCUGCCACUGGUGCUUCCUCGAUUUCAGAGUCGCAGGUAGCCGACAUCAGAGCCAAGGUCCGGGAGGGAGAUGUAACGCCUAUUCUGCGGGCGUACGAGAAAGACCUGCGUAGCCCUCUAAAGGGUACCGUUCGAGGUGACCUAGUCCGAACGUUGCUUAUCCAGGUUCAGAAGACCAAGGUCGAUAUAGAGGUUGCCAUGACCGGUAUCGAUACCCUUCUGAAAAGCCAAGAGCUUGUCUUUGGCCUCGUCGGACUGACACCUGGCAUCCUGGUGUCGUUUGGAGUUGUGCAGUACCUUCGGGGUGUGCUCGGAGGGAGAAAAGGCUUUCGUGAGAACCGAAGGGCUGGUAAAUGCGUACGGGUUCUCCGCAAUAUCGACCGCAUCUUGUCCGAAGCGACACCUUCGCCAAACAACCUUUUAUCCUACAAAGACCACGGUCUCCUUAUUUGCGAGGUGCACGUUCUGCGUCGACUGGCACAUAGUAUACUGCCAGCGGACAUCGAGAAGGAUUUCUUGGAAGACUUGGAUGAUCUUGCUAACCUCAAAGGUAUCCAGUCCCAAUUGCGUGCCCUGGACAGGAUACGUUGGGCAUAUUCCAAGUGGUUGAGAUAAAUCAUACCGGUGUACUAUGUUGCUACCACCUCACUACCUUAGCAAAGCAUGCCUGGCUAGUAUUAGUAUAAUACAGCGAACAAGCGGUAAAUCGAUAUGUUACCAUCCCAAUCUUUAUUCGCGUAAUUGAGUGGAUGAUACAUGCAAGUUGUACUUUGCGUGGAUCUCGUUGCGACUGUAAAGGGACAUCUGGAGUACAGAUGACAGAUGACAGAUGACAGAUGACAGAUG